GGGCGAGAGACAUCAUCUGCGAUGGGCGACAGCGUCGCACGGGAGGAGCCUGAGAUUUACUUGCGCGCCUAUUACCGCUUGGUGGAGAUGGCAGUGUCCGCAAUGACUGUUGAAGUCACUGACGCCAGUUUAAUCACCGCCAUAAUGACAAGAAAGGAAACCGACAAUGAGCUUCUCACCUACAUAACCGCACUGUUCACGUACCAGCCCAUACUGGGCCUCGUGUGCGUCGUCCAGACGGUGCUCAUGAUCGGCUCCUUCGUGGGUGGCUUCUUCUUUGUGCUCGCCCGCAUGGUGGGCGCGUUUGGCGGCCGCAAGGUGCAGAACAUCACCACGCAGUACAUGCGAGUGCUGCACUUCUACACCGUCGUCAUGGUGCUCCUGGUCGCCCUGAACGCUGUCUCCAUCUUCUGGCUGUGGGGCAGCACCAACCACUUUGCCACCGCCUGUGGAAAAGAGUGAAAAGGUCCUGCAGCCAGGCGUCAUCGACGUGCGGCGCUACAUCGUCGACACUAUCAAGAGCCUGAGAAACACGCUUGCCGAUCUAAAGUCAACGAGGGAACAAAUGUUCAGCCUCAUGACCUCUGGAAACCAAGAGUACCGGAAGAACAUCACGUAUCACGCAGACCAAGUGCUGACCGACUGCGGCCUUCCAACGCCGUCUGUACUCGCGUCGCUAAAGGACUGAAUGCGCGUCGGAUCCUUCGUGCCAGCAGAACGUGAAGGACGCAGAAGCGGCCAGAGUGAAUAUACUCAACGUGACGCGAACAAUUCACGCCGAUUUCCAAGAAAAGUUCAACGCCUCAGUAGAGAGCUUCCUCAUGCUCUCCCCUAUUCAGACAGAGUUCGACGACAUAGACCGCAAUGACUUGGGCAGGAUCAAGAAAAUAAGCUUCUUGGAAUCGGCUGUGCUCGCAACCCGCUACCCCAACGUGUCAAGCAUGAGUGUUCUCGGCAGCUUGAGUCCGUACGACGUAGUCUUUGGCAGCGGGGAGGAAUACAGCAAGGUGGCGUCUACGGCGGCCAUUGUGCUGGAGUCUGUCGCCGGCAUAAGCUUCGUCUUGGGAAUCCUCGUCCACAGCCCGGAGAUACCACCCAACAAACGCGGCUUCAUCUCGAACCAGUGUGGAGUCCUGCUUGUCGUGAGCACACUCUUCAUGUGGCUCUUCAGCACCGUCAUGGCGCCGUCUUCGAUGCUCUUCAUGAUGGGUGGCGUGAUCUCCCAGCAGUACAUAUGCGAGCCCUAUUCGACCGAUCGUUUAACUUUUCUCGACGACAUUCUACUCACAAUGUUCGUGCCACACCGGGAUGAUGACGCCGAUGUGGCGCACCAGGCGGAAUAUAACCUCAAAGCCAUCGAGCUCUACAACACCACCAUGAGGCCCAGCAUAGUGCUCAGGAAGUGCGCCAAAAACGAAACACUGCUGGCAACUACUAGCCUCACUGACCUCAAGUCACUCGAAGCAGCGUACAUAGUAGCCAAUCCGCCAAAGUACCUGCUCAAGCUGAUUAACAAGACCGCAUUCAGCGCCAAAGGCUACAGUGAUGACUGGAAGGGUCUCAUAGGAACGGACUUGGCGGACCUGGCGACUCCCGUGGAAAACCUCCACGACACGCUGGCUACCGACACGGUAAGCGCACGAAUUGCUGUAGAGGAAGACCUCCUACUCAAGUGA